AUACCGUUGGAUUUUCUUUCAGAGGUUAUGUGGCCGUCCGAUAGUAACCCUAAGAAAGUCAUCGCCGUCACGAGGACGCUGUCGAAUUCUAUAUAUUGCUAACAAAUCAGGAUUAUGUAAAUUAGAGACGUCACACAAAUUUCGUUAGGUCUCGAAAAUUCCCUCUUCCGUAUUGCAUCUUUGCACCAGGAAAGUGGGAUUAUGGCGGGAGGAGGAAAUUUCAUUGCCAGAGUUGUUUCAUACGUUGCAAACGAGCUCAUAGUAAAUGGUUUGGCCAACAGCCAUGCCUUCCAGAGAUUUGCUGUGAGGACCUCAAAAAGAAUAGAAAACAUCUCUAAACUGGCUGCAGAGAACAAGGUGAAAGUCGCUCAACAAAUGGAAGAAAUUUCCAAGAACAUGGACUCUUUCAAGAAACAAUGAGGACUACAUGGGCCUAGCUCCGAUAGAGAAGUCUCUUUUUGUAUAUAAAGAAUGCUGAAAAUGUAAUAAGCUUGUAAGCGAUGAUCUUUUGAGUCUCUUCUUCAAAACCCAACUUGACAGAUGAAUUUCUUUGUCUCUUUUUAAAACCUAACUUGAUCAAUGAAUUUCUUGAACUCUUUUGCUUA